AUUGCCCUCGUAUGUUCGACCAGAACUACGUUAUGAAGUGGCUUUCAAACUUAAUCCUCCAAAAUUUCCUCCGCUGCCAAGCGCGGAUUUUGGUGUGGCUUUGAGCCCUCCUUUUCCAGAUUGGUUUGUGUGUGGCAACGUUUUAAAAGAUCUUCAAAAUAGUAGUAAAAAACGCGCUGAACGGGUGGUUCCGACUAAGCAUACCUUGGAUACUUUCAAAGGACAUCUCCAUAUAGAUCUCAAACACGUUCGUGUCUUGACUCCAAUACCUGAAGGUUUGGAUUCAGACAAUCUUUUCGACUGACUUUUCCUUUUUGACUGGUAUACUAAUUUUAGUUUCGACUACAGCUGUUGCUCACAGGAGGAAGAUCAAAGAGACUCCUGCCCAAAAGAAUCCUGGGACAUCCCAAAGCGACAAACCCAGUGAAAGUGGCUCUCUCAAUCCUGAUAAAAAGCCUACGAGUUCGAAGCCCCCAACUGGUCCGAAACGGAAAGUUUCUUCGCCCGCUGCUUCAGAUGAUGGGGAUAAAUCUCCUCCUAACACUAGACAAGGACUUAGGAAAAGACAAAAAUCUGCUACUCCUUCGAAAAAAGGAAAGGGAGCGAGUCCCUCCAAAACUGCUUCUCCUACUGAUAAAGCGUCCUCUGAAGAUUCUCCUUUGAAAACAACUAGCAACAUACUUGUUGUCGAAAGUCACAAUUCAAGUCCAGAUAAUAUUCAAACCAAGGUCUUCCAGGUUUUUCGCAUACUAACUUGUGACUUUAUCUAGAUAAUGGGAUUAACUUUUCUACCUUGUUAUUGCAGGAUGAUGCUGGUACUGCUACUUCAGGUUUCAAAGAUCCUGGUCUUACCGUUGAUGUUCCCAAACUCUAUGGUAAUAAUAAUCUUUAGCUUUGUUGAUAAACUUGUUACAGGUUUAUUCUUAUGACUAACUCUGCUUUAUCUGACACAGAUACUUCUCGAGACAAAGCUCCCGCUCUUUCACCCGUGGUCGAAGAUGCUCAGCCCAUCAACACUAUGCUGCCUGAUGAACCCGUUGAAGAAAGUCAUUCUACUGAUGAGUCUCCAGCUACCCAUCAAGACAAAAGUUUGGAAGGCGAAGAUCACGCCCUCUCAGGUAGUGACAAUGUGAAUCUGCAUCCUCAUCACAGUGACGACACCGUGUCUGAAUCAGAUGCUACGGAGGAAACUUCCAAACUAGAAAAGCAAAAUUUUCAAGAAGCUUCGACUCUUGACACAAAAGCUGAUCCUGGGACCACUUCAAUGCCUGCCCCUACGCCUUCGGAGCUAGAACAAUUAAAGCAUGCUGAUCCUCUUAGUUUCUUGAAGAUUAUCAUGAAUGUGGAUGCUUCUUCGUCUCCAAGUCCUGACGCUAUUCCAGUUGCGACUGUGGAGUCUGGCAAACAAGAAGACACUUCUAGCGUGCUUCGACAAAUCAAAGAGCGGUUCUUCGAUGUCAAUCUUGUGGAUCUCCUCAUUCGGGAUCCUCUUAAGAGUCAUGGUUUACAUCAACUUUUGAGAAAAGUAGAUUUACUUCAAGUCUCCACAACAGUCUCAGAUGUACUUGUUCUGUUAGGCUCCUUGGUUGAGCAACUUCAAGCUGAUAUCCUUCGAAAACGAAAUAUCGAAAGAGAGUUAUCUGAAGCAAUAGCCUCCCGUGAUUCUUCAUGGAAUUCUGCAGUAGAUGCAACCCAACGAGGCGAGGUCCUCAAACUUAAGCAAUCAGAAGACCAGAAGGCCUUUGAUGAUCAUGCAAAAAAUAUCAAGAUCUGGAAACAAGAGAUAAAGGCACUUGAGGAGAAAAUCGAGGAAGCUGAACGCAGCCAGGCAACCAUCCAACAAUCCAAUCAAAAGGAGUUGGUCGAAAUAGUACAAUCAGGGAUCACACAUUUCGAGGCUGCUCAAAAAUUAAUUCCUGAGAUCGAAAGGUUGAAGAAGCAACGAUCGGUGAUCGAACUCCGUAUGACUUCUUGGGAGUCACAAUAUUCAAAGAUCAAGAAUAACCUCCCUGAGGGUUUCAACUAGCUGCUUCGAACCUUAUUAUCUGUUGCGUUCUCAUUUGUAAUCGAAACCUCAUAUGUUUUGUAAAAGCACUUAUUUAUAUGCUUAACUUCUCCCUUAAUAUAAUAUUUAUCAGCACUAUUUCUUAGCAAAUCUUUUCAAUCUCUUGUCAAAAUAUAUUUUCAGAUCCUCCACAGUAUUCUUCAUUAAUGCAACAUGUAAACUCCGAAUACUCUUCGCGACCUCUUAGCCUUUGGACUUGACGUUUCUACUUCUUUAGCCCUAAUC